AUGUCAACAUCAAAGCCGCAUUUUGUCUGCGAUGCAUGCAUGUCACUUGAUUUCGGUCAGGCGAUGACAUCGUUGAGUUCUAAAGCGUUGCCAGCAGAGGGAUUAGUCCUGGACGAAGAUGCUACCAGGUUCCUGACCAUAUCGCAGAGCGAAUGCGCACUUUGCAACUUGCUCUUUACCUUUUGGUCGCGCAGCAUCAAGUCUUUUGCCCAGGUUUUUGAACCCGCGGUCAUGAAUACCGGCUUUGUCCUCCAAGCAUUUUCAUACUUACAAUAUGCUCGCGGUGUGUUUCGCAAUACACCAGGGGCUCAAGACAGCUUGAUGCUGGGUAUCACUCCCAGAAACCAGCUCGUAUUCGAUGAAGAUUUCUUCGAUAACCACGCCAAUCAGUACCACGAAUACGUUGUAUGCGUACCUAGUAUCGCCCAUGGUGGGAUUCUCAGACCUCAAGCCAUUCCCAAAUCAUUCGACUAUGAACGGGGCCGGCUGUGGAUUGAUAACUGUAGAGAAGACCACGGUUUGGAUUGUGAUGGUUCUGAGCAUCGGGAAGAGUUGAUUGUGCCUGGUAUGAAGCUGAUCGACUGCGAAACACUCCACAUCAAGCCUGGUCUUGAAACUAUGCCAUGGGUUGCCUUAAGCUAUGUUUGGGGUCAAUCUACAACAUUCUCACACCAACGUGACGGCAAAUUGCUCUGGGAAGAUAUGUCAGCGUCUGUGAAAGACGCUAUUACAGUCACACGAGGUCUAGGAUACCGUUAUCUAUGGAUCGAUAAAUACUGCAUCGACCAGGAAGACAAACGUGAAGUUGAGGAUCAAAUCCGCAGGAUGGACCUGAUAUACAGCAAUGCAGAGCUCACUAUUGUAGCUGCAGCUGGCCAGGAUGAGACCUAUGGGCUUACUGGAGUCAGUCUGACCGAGCGUCUCGAGCAGAAUAUCCUUUAUCUCGAAGGCAUUACAAUCAUGAAUACUGGACCUCAUCCGGCCUGCUAUGUGGAGUUCAAAUCUAAAUGGUUCACAAGAGGGUGGACCUUUCAAGAAGGAUUACUUUCGCGUCGGCGGAUUAUUUUCACAGAGCAUCAAGCAUUUUUUGAGUGUCAGAGAGCAAGCUGGAUGGAAGGGCUGGGCGGGGUCGAGCACAUAGACGCCCGACAUAGGAUCCAGUGGCCCCAAUGGAAGAACGGAAUCUUUCUUUUAAGUCACUUCAUGGGCCAACCAGAACACAAAUAUUCGAAUAGAGAACCUUGGGAAGUGGAUGGGAAACAGACAACGGAUCAAGCGAUAGCGUGCCGCCUGCACGAUUUCUUCCGUCCUCUUCAACAAUUUACAACCAGAACCCUCACAUUCGACACCGACUCAUUGAAGGCUGCAAUUGGUCUAUUAAAGAUAUUGGCUCAAAGAAGUCCGCCAAUUCUGAACUUUGUUGGAAUACCGUACUCGCCAGUGAAGGAAAAUAAGGAGCUCAUCGGGCCAUAUUUCUUUGCUGCACUUUCUUGGUGCCAUGAACACAAAGUCAACCCCAGGAGAAGGCAGUUCUUUCCUUCAUGGACCUGGGCUGGCUGGGCUGGCGCAAUUCGUUGGAUAUGUUACCCCUACCUCGACUCUUCAGAGUGCUUGAUUCCAUUUAUGCGCGGACUUCAAUUCGAGUCAGAGAACGGCAUGCUCUCCACGGCUUGUAACUACUUGCAACUGGAUCAAGAUUCGGAACUCUGCCCAGACAGUCGCUCAGCUGUCGCCAUUCACUUCAAGACUCCUUUGCUGUCGGCCUCUCUCUUUUGUGUUAAUUCAAACAAGAGCAAAUCGUCGGGCUGGGCCGGACUCACUCUUGGGGGCCACAAGCUUUCGAUGACAGAUAGAAAGACACCUACGGCAAGCCCGUUUGACUUUCUUGAACGCCUCGAGAACGGCCAGUGGGGAUGUCUCAUGCUCGGAAUCUAUGAGUCGAGAAGGAAUGCCAUCCGCGAGAUGUACUUGCUUAUAAUUGAAUGGCAAGAUGGUCACACGGCGACACGCGUUGGUGCUCUAGUCAUCAAUGUGACCGAUCUGGAUAUCUCUAUGGACGUAAAUUUGACGGCAUGUACCUGGGCCUCGCCGUGGCACCAGGUCCGUCUGAUCUGA